AUGCCGUCUGGACCAAAGACUCCGACGCCAAUGAAGACGGUUGUUGCCGGCUACCCUAGAAGGGCGAUGGCCUGUGCCUUCGUCGUUUCCAUGCUUGUGUCAGAAAUUGUACUUGCCACAGGGGCGCUGCAUGAAGAUGUCGAAGCGAUCACGUGCAGUUUGCCGGCACUGGAGAAGGCAUAUUUGUCACGGUGGAUCCUCAAACACGACAGGCAGCGUUCAUCUGUGACCCGUCAACUCCGCAUGUCCGCCCAGAAGUAA